AUGGGGAGCCUAAUGACUGGUCAUGGGACCCACAAGCGGCCAAAUCCAUUGAGAUAGCCUAACAUUAAACACUAAUAGCGCCUUCCUCACUUCAAAGCUCAAGUUUAUCGCCUCUUUCGUGUUUCUUCUUCUACUGCCGAAAAAGCCAAUAGAUCUGACUUCCGCGAUCCAAAUCCAAAAACCUUCAAUCCCCAUUUCUGGAAAUUUUAGCCUCGUCCUUUAUCUCCGUAUCGUUGGCGGCCCCCGAGCUCCUGAGGAAAUGGACGCGCUCCGGAAGCAAGCCAGCAGGCUAAGGGAGCAGGUUGCCAAGCAACAGCAAUUUGAUUAUUUUGGUAUUGGUUUCUGGCUUUCUGCUGGAUUAUAGGCUGUGAUUAAGCAAUUUAGUGCCAGUGGUUACGAGAGCUCGGAUUCCCUAGUCAUCGAUGAGGUUGAGUUGCAGAGGCAUCAGCAGCUGGAGAAGCUCUACAGGACGACUCGAGCAGGGAGAGAUUUUCAAAAGGACAUCAUAAGAGCAGCAGAAGCACUUACUGCCAUAGGAUAUAAACAUAUUGAAGCAGGAACCAAACUGUCUGAGGAUUGCUGCAGAUAUGGAACUGAGAACAUUAGUGACACCAUGCUAGCUAAAGCUGCAGCUAUAUAUGGUGAUGCUCGUAAACAUGUGGAGAAGGAGACCGAGGAUUUAAAUGGCUUACUCGCUGCUCAGGUUUUGGAUCCUCUAAGAGCAAUGGUUACUGGUACUCCUUUAGAAGAUGCCCGACAUCUUGCUCAACGCUAUAGUCGAAUGAGGCAAGAAGCCGAAGUUCAGGCUACUGAAGUUUCCAAAAGACAAGCACGAGUUAGGGAAUCCCCCAUCCCUGAGAACGUUGCAAAGUUGCAUGCAGCAGAGGCAAAGAUGCAAGAGCUGAAGGCAAACAUGGCAGUUCUUGGUAAAGAAGCUUCAGCUGCAUUGGCUGCAGUCGAGGCUCAGCAGCAAAGAUUGACCUUCCAAAGGCUUGUUUCUUUGGUUGAAGGGGAAAAGAACUAUCACUUGCGACUUGGUGCUAUACUCAGUGAAGUUGAAACUGAGAUGAUUUCAGACAAACAACAAAGAGAGGCAGCUCCUCCUGUCAUUCCAUCUACUGUAACUCCGUUAGAAAAUGGCUCAGAAAAAACCACGUACUUCCUGGCUGAAGCAACUCAUCCUUUUUACGCAGAAUCUGACAAGGAGUUGAGUUUGGCAGUUGGUGACUUCAUUGUUGUUCGGAAGGUUAUGCCAUCAGGGUGGUCAGAAGGAGAAUGCAAAGGGAAAUCGGGGUGGUUCCCAUCAGCCUACGUCGAGAGGCGCCAGAGGAUUCCAACUGCUAAUUAAACCUCCAACUUUCACCCAAAUUCUAGAGAUUUUCCCAACCAUCAGAGGGUCCAUCUCUCUAAUUCGAUCUGUUCUUUGAAAAUUUACUUCUUUACCUGCAAAAGUGCAUUUUUUUACAGGUUUUGUAUAUUCCUUUGCUGAAACAUGGCCCUAGUCGCAGAAAACGUUUCCCGAAAGUGACCGAUGUGUUGUCUGUUUGUUUAUCCUGAAUGUGCUGGAGAUGAUUCAAUUAUCAGGAUGCAGAAGCUGUGGUUUUUUCAAGUUAUGCAGGCUUGUAUUCGACGAGAUGCCUCUUCAGAGGCUAGGCUGAACUACGAGUCAUCUUAUCUUUCGGUAAUAGAGUCCGUGCCAGCCUAACCAAACAUUACAUUUCUUCCCAACCGCUGGAAGCUUAAAAUUGAUGUCCUGAACAAGCUGCAGCAACCCGUCAUUCUAUGAUCAUACUAUCAUAGAAAUACUGUUCCUAGAGUAACUGACCUUAGAGUUUGCCUAACUUCGUUCUGCAAGUCCUUCCUCUACAAUUACUACUCUGCCUUGCUCGGCCUUAGUCUCGAUGCCAAUUGUAGACCCCAACCUUCUAAGCUGAGCUCAAACUUUUUUUUACUAAGAAUUAAAGAGCUUUGAUCAUCGAACGCCAGUUCUUGUCGCCCC